CCACAUGUGUAAAUACUUCAGUAAUUAACUAAUUAGUCAACGAUUUUAUUAACAAUCCUCCUUGCAAAAUCGUGGCGAGGUGGGAAAAACCUUGUAUCGUGAGUCAGUGUAUUUGAUUCCACUGCUCGUUUGUACAUAUUUGUUCCGGUAUCCACUCAGUGAAGAGUUAUCAAUAUCAUUAUGGAAGACGUGGUCGAUAGGUCCGAAAAAAAAUUACACACAAACACAAAUUCAUCACGUACAGAAAAGAACUUUCGGAAAAGACCUGGUACCACCGACAAAGGAAAGAAGUACGAAAAUAUGAUAACUGCCAACAUCAUUCUUCACAUGGUACAGCGGGAUGAAGUAAAAAACUUCUACGUCUCCUCGGACGAUGCAAAUUUUGGAGCAUUUGAUGAUGUGGUUGUUGAAAUGGAGACAGAUGAAGGAAUACAGACAAAAGCAGUGCAAUUAAAACACAGCAACAAGCCAGGAAGUUUAGGGAUACACCGACUGGCAAGCGAAAAAGGAGAUUUUAGCCUACUUAGAUAUUAUAAAUCGUUCCAAGAGAUAAACAAGAAACCACAUCAUUCCAUUUUGUUCACGAACCUUAAAUUUAAAGUUUCUAAAGACACAAAAUUUCAGCUCGACGGAAAAGAAUUUUUCUUGGAACCUUACAAAGUAGAAAUUGCUGAUGAUUGUUUGAAAAUUUCUCAACAUAUAAGUCACUGCUAUAAGUUCCGAAUUCGAGAAGACCAAGAUGAUGCAGUGGUUCAUUCAGAACUUCAACAGUUCAAGACAUUUUUUGAAAGCUUUAGUCUUUAUUCUAACCAAGAAAGUCUGGAGACACUUGAAAAAUCGACAGCGAGUAACUUCGUGAAGACGUUCUGUUCUAAUCAAGAAACGUUCGAAAAGUACGUUAGAAUUAUAUCUGAGUGGGAUAUGCUAGAAGGAUCAAAAAUAAAGUUAGACAAGAAGCUGAUGCAACGUACAAUUGCGCUUUGUCUGUUAUCUCCUUACGUUGAACAUUUUACUUCUGGUCCAGUCAGCGACAAAGGGAAAAUUCUUCGAGAAGCAAUUUGUUCAUUUGAUAUUACGCUGUUGGAAAACGCUGAGUGCGAUGUGGUGAAAGAGUUGUGGGACGACUUGGACAAGAAUGUUGACAUCAAGGAACUAAAUAGACUGAGAUCUUUUUAUCGCCUUUCUCCUAAUUAUAUAUCCAAGAUAGAAGAUCUAGAUGGGAAUGUGUUGGCGCAGUUGUUGUGGUUGAUGGAGAAACGUCCCCUAAUUGUAAAAGAGCACGAAAAUAUCGGAAAAGCUAUUCAACUUUGUCCAGAUGGUAAAUUCAUCUUGAUUGGUGAAGGAAAACGGGGAGAAUGGAUGAAAGGUCGUUCCGUGUUUCAGAACUUGAUGGACUUGAAAUCAGAAGACAAUUUGUAUGAAACAGUGAUGCAGAAUUUUACGAUUUCCUUCCAAGGGAAAGGUUUGCUUAAUCUGAUGGAUAUAUGUGGAGGAAAUGAAGAAUUUUUAAAGAAUAUUAUUGUAAAUAAUCUUUUAGGAAUGAUAGACGGUCCACGCUUGAUAGAUGGGAAAAAAGAAGUUCUUCCCAAUCCUUACAUCGAAAGGUAUUUGUCGUUAAAUGUUAUAGAUAUUAAAUAUUUAAAACAUGUUAAUCGUAGUACGGUAGUUAUUCUAAAUUGUGCAGAUAGUUCUAAUGAAGUAGAAAAACUUCCAAAUAUUACACUGACAAACAUCGACGAUUAUUUAAAUGAAGCAGAAUGCAGAACUCCUGAUGAUCCAAUUUUCAUUAUAAGUAAAAAUCAUUGUAGCGAGUCUGAAUUUGAGAAAAUAUGCUCCAAAACUCCAAAAUCAAAAACUGUUCAUUAUUUCAAAUUUCUUAAAAACAACAUUUUAGAAUGGGUCCGGAGCAAAGGCGAUGUCGGAGAUUUGCAAAAUUAUAAAUUAACUAAUCAUUCUAAAAACGAAAACGAAUUCUGGUCCUCCGAGUUUAGGAAGAACAUUAAUUUAGUAGUAGGUGAUCCGGGGAUGGGUAAGACUGAACUAACAAAAAGCUUAAAAAAUAAGUGUUCUUCUAAAUUCUGGACAGUACUUAUUAGCCCUCAAGAAGUGAAUUUAUUUUUUAAACAAUCAGAAGAGUGUAAAGUAUCAAAUCAUGUAAAUUUAUUUGAAAAAUUCGUCUUAGACACGAAAUAUCAAUCUCUUAGAAGGAUAGACAAAGAAUUUUUUAAAUUGUGUUCGGAUCAAGCGCGUGUUUUCUACGUGUGGGAUGCCCUUGAUGAAAUUUCUACUAAAUAUUUGGAAGACGUAUCAGAUUUGAUUGUUUUGCUAUCAGAGAAAGGAUUCAUCCAAUGAGUUACCAGUAGAAAACACUUGAAAUCUUUCCUUGAAAAAAAAUUUAAUACACUUUCGUUGAACAUAAGUCAGUUUAACGAGCACGAACAAGAAGAUUAUAUUAGGAAACGUCUUGAUUGUAUCGUUUCAACCGACAACAUAGAAAGUGCUGUUCAAAAAAUUAAAUCUAGUUUUGCUUUCAUAACACAUGUCGAUAUUUUAGGAAUUCCACUCCAAAUAUUUAUGCUCACAGAGAUAGUUCUUCAAAACAAUGACAAAUAUUUAAAAUUAUUUGGCGAUUGUUGGCGCUUGACUGAUCUAUAUCAUUAUUUUAUAGAAGAGAAAUUCAACAUCUUCUAUCAAAAUAAGUUGUCUCUUAACAUCCAGGAUUCUUAUUCAAAACGUGUGUUUAACAGUGAUAAAGAAAAAAUCUUAACACACUAUGCAAAACUUGCAGUUAACCUAAUAUUUUCGGACUGCGAAGAUAUUAAAUGUCAAGAAGAUACAGACAGCAGUUGUCACGAAUACGAAUCCAUUGGUAUUAUAACUGGUUUCCAAAAUAACACACCGCUUUUUUUGCAUGCAUCUUUUGCGGAAUAUUUGACUGCCACGUAUUUUUUGAAGAAUUUUCAAGUUAUACCUGGGGAUAUAUUUUUUCAUCAGAAGUAUGACAACGUACGAUUUUUCUUUGAUAUGUUGUUGGGAAAAAACUCACCAGUUCACACUGCAGUCUUGUACAGAAAUUUUGACGCUCUAAAGGGUUAUGACGACAAAAUAUCAACAAGUACAGACGGCGGUGGAAGAAGUGCUUUACAUUUGAUUUGUUCGUGGGGACAACGACAUUCCCGUCGACCUUUAAGAAGUUCUAAAAUAAACAGAAAUUUCAUAUACUAUACUUCAGUCAGUAUAUUGUAUUUAUAAAAUUCUACGUUACAUUAUAUUCAUAUGUAAUACUCCCUAUGCACUAGAUUUUUUAAAUCUAUUUAAUUUCGAGAAUGUAAUCGUUGUCGUGCAAUUGGGUUAGACUAUUAUCUGUUUUAUUUAUUUAAUAUGGCUAGGCUUAUUUGAGAUAACUGUAUUAUUGUCUUAAUUCUCUAUAUUUCCAUUUUGUCUUAUAAUGUUAUAUUGACGUUUACCAAACGUACUGUCCGUUUUUUGU